GAAACAGAGCGGUACCCUGUGCACCCCAAGCUCCCAGAAUGGUACACCUCCAUCUCCCUCGACAGCCUCGCCAUGAAGGCCCUCAACCGAAAGCGACCGGCAGCCCUCACAGCGCUAGACUCGCUCAAAGCAUUCAUAAUCCACUGCGAGCAAGCACUCAUCAGCAAGCCCUCGUCGCACCUCCCCGCGCUAUGGGACAAACUGCGAGAUGCCGUCCACAAAGCCGAAAUCACUCUGGUCGUGACCCCGCACAUACUGCGAAAAGCCAACAUGCUAUCCCCGGCUGUCGGACUCCCGCGCAUCUUUCACAAGGACGCGGAAUUCCCGCCAGACCUCAAGGCCGACGCCUACCAGCUGUACCUGCGGUGGCACAAGGGCGACCUCACGCAGGACCUGCUGCGCGGCAUUGUAACGCGGAAAGCGCACAAUCGCACCAGCGACAGCAUCUGCGGCGAGUACCGCUCCAAGUUCCCCGUCAACGCGCGGUACCACGGACACGGGGCGCUGGUGGCGGGGCAGUGGUGGCCGACGCAGCUGUGCGCGGUGCGCGACGGCGCCCACGGGAGCUCUCAGGGCGGCAUUUUCGGCGACAAGAUCGAGGGUGCGUAUUCCGUCGUGCUGUCUGCCGGUGCUGCAUACGACGACAUCGAUGCCGGCGACGUGGUGCAGUACAGCGGCACCAAAUCUGCCUCGUCGACACCCACAGACAACACCAGAGCACUGCUUGCCUCGCGCGCCCUGGGCAAUCCCAUCCGCGUCAUUCGCUCGGCGCAGCUGGGCCCCCAGAAUAGGUUUCGCCCGCACCGCGGCCUGCGCUAUGAUGGGCUGUAUGUCGUUACGCGGUACGAGGUGCUGGAUGCGGAGACGGCGAGUUAUCGGUUUCGGCUGGAGCGGUGCGCAGGCCAGGAUGCGAUUCGGUGUGAGGGCAAGGCGACGAGGCCGACGGUGUGGGAGGUGCAGGAGUAUGAGCGGUUGAGGGAG